GCGUACGCCCGUAUUUAAACGUGUACUAGUGGCAACGGGAACGUUGUAAAUAAUCGGUACGCACAUGUAUUUCGCCGCUGUGUCGUUGAAAUUAUUUUAUUCGUUUAGCUAAGUAAAAGCUUGAUUAUCGAUUUGCUGGCACAACGAAGUGACCUAAGACCUUUUGUGAAAGUGUGUAUAAUUUCUCGGACAACAAAAGAGUCAAGUUGAAGUGUGUUAUUUUUCCAAUCGUCUCAAUGUUGAAAUAGUGAUAACUGCAUUCUCAAAGUUUUGAAGCCGAUAUUGUUAAGAGCUGCCAAAAAAUUAUGAAAUUUGAGAGACAAUCUCAUGUCACAAAUCCUGAGCACUUCCCUUCAAAUUCUUCUGUAACAGAAACUCACCCCACUCCCAACGCUGGAAGCAAUAGCAGUACCAACACCACCGUGGUCAAUGAUGUAACCAAUGAGGCCCCUACAAUUGUCGCAAUACCGGAGUUGAACAGCAGCACAAUCCCUACUGUGCGCACCCAAAAUUUCUCUUUCGCUACCACCUACCGACCUCCGCUACAUACCAACACCUUUGAUAAUCGUAUCGAUUGCUCCCAACCCAUAAAUAUAUAUCCUUAUAAACCAAUCACAGCCUUUACCGUCCUCAACAACGACGAUCCGUCGAACCAGUUUGAUAGUGGUAAGCCCAACGCAAUUGUGCGCCCAAUACGUCGCUUCGAGAAGCCAGAAUUGGCGCGGCAUACUCGCCAGAAUGAGGCAACUGACGAAAAUACACCAUUGUCACAGCAGCAAUCACAUUAUCAAAAAAAUUAUUUCUCCUCCUCCUUCUCCUCGAAGAAAAUGACCCACUCGUCCCCGGGGAGGACAAGCGACGAAGAUGUUGAACAGUUGAGAGAUGAAUUGAAUCGGAAACUACGUAAUCUGCAUUAUACAACAGCUGCAGAUGUGUGGACCAAGUCUAGACAUUCUUCAAAUGCAAGUCCACAAGACCAAGUUGUCAAACGUCCUCUCUUCAUCACUACAGUACCCUCUGGUGUGUUUUUACCGCCCCCCAAAGAGCCACCCAUACCAUGGUUUCUAAAACCACACAUCUAUGCAUAUUCCUCGCACCCGAUGGUGUUAACUAGUAGCGGUGUCGUCGCUCCCGUCACUGGCAAGGGCAAACUUCAUAACGGCUCGGUAGCGUCAACAACGAUAGCUACAGGCGAUAAGGUGUCCAUGACAAAGUUAAAGCGCCCUACGUUGAAUAAUGUUCAUCCGAAUUCGAAACUAUAUGGAAAUGUGACUGCGACUUCGGCUUCGAGCGCUGCGACUUUAAAUGGUACGCGGGGCGGUCUGUCGCCUCCUCCAUUUCGGUACUCUUUAACGGGUGGUGUACAGCUAACUAAACAACAAUUUAAGGAACAAAUUCAGCAACGUCGCGCAAAAAGAGAUACUGCGCCUCAACCCUACCGCAAUGUCAUGUACGACCGCCGUGUGAUACGUGGAUCCGUAUUUGGUACUCAACAGCUUUUGGAAAAUUCUGAUCCCUUCGAUAAAGCAGCUGAGAUUCGUCGACGCCACGCCAUUCGGAAGCAGAAAGUUUGCCGAAAUCAACGUAAUGUUCUUGGUACACCUCCACCAGUCAACGGCCGUCGGCAUGAAGUUAUUCAAACUGAAAAAUAUUUGGAAGAGUUGGUGCAACGUCCUCCUGAGUUCUCGGUGGAUACACAAACCGAUUUAUUCCUCGAGAAACCACCAGAGCCUCCUUAUGUUCCGGCUAAAGUUGGUGUUGAUGCAGCCACUGAAAUUGACGAUGGCGAACUCUUCCACUUCGAUGCUGAGGCACAGCCUAUAAUCGACAUACUAGUGGAUGCUUGCAUUGAGCAAGGAAUUUUGGAGGUGGCGCACGAACAGGAUAUUACAGCUCUUCGGCAGAAGCAAGCCGAAUUCCUUGCCCAACGUGAAGCCGAAUUAGCAGAACUACGCCGCCUUGAAGCUGAGGAGCUACGCUUACAGGCUGAAAAGGUGCGCCGUCUACAACAAGAUGCUAUCACCAAGGGAUUAGAUGAAGAAAUGCAGAAGAGCGUAACUGCUGCCAAAUUAUUGCAAGGCCAUAUUGCUGGUUUACUACCAGAAGUAUUGGACAAUCUUGAACCGGCUACUGAUGCUGCAAAGAAAGAACAUCUCAUGAAGACCGUCGCUCCAUGGCUGACUGUCGAAGUAGCAGAAGAAGUUGGACAUAUCGUAGACUCGCGUGAGAUUCUGACAGUCAUCAUACAAGAGAUUAUUAAGCAGCGUGCUACUGCGUAUGCUGGUUACAAGGAGGAAAUGCCACUGGAAACACUAAUAGAGCGUGGCGAAGACGUGAUAGAAGAGGAGAUGAAAGACGAGCAGUGCACUUGUGAAUCGAGCGAUUUGAGCACUAAAUGUGAUGACUCGUCGAAGAAGGUGUGAUUAUCAGAAUAAGUUUAUUUCUAUGAGGCUCAAUUACUUAAUCCUCGAUCUUUGUACAAACGAAAUUAGUAAUCUUCAUGAAACAACUUUUCUGUAAACCUACGCAUGUAAUCUUACAAGCUAAUACCACCAGUGGAUACGUAAGAUAUGUUUUCAGGUAUCUUAAAAAAUUGUUAAUAAAAAAUUUCCAUUGAUUAAAUUAUGCACGCGUGUCAGAUAUCUCAGGCAAUCAUCAACAUGAAAACUAAGCUAUUGAUAUUGCAUUGUAAUAUUAUUUAUUAAAUAGACAUGAUUUAGUCCAAAAGCCCACCGUAAAUAUGCAUUAUGAUCGACCAACAAAGUAAAAUUUACUCUGUUUCAAUCCACAAAUAGCACUCACAGUAUCAAUCCCAGAUAUCAUUCAGUGGCUGGGCUGAGUAUAUUCACAAAUACAUUAUUUCUCGCUUAAAACACGGUUAUAAGCAUUUCCCGCUUAUAAGGAUUAGACAAAGUUUAAGAAAAUUUCACCUAUUUAAAUAAACUAAAAAGCAAGAUAUAAGCGUCCUGCUUAUAAGUAUAUCCCGCUUACAAGCACCGAAAAUCUGGUUAUCUUCCCGCUUAUAUAUUAGUAUAUAUUGUAAUUAAAUGUUGCACGGCCUGGGUACACUCAGAAUUCAAUCGAAAAUUACAUGGUUUUUUUUAAGUACUAAUUAACCAAUUCCUACUUAGUAUAAAUAUGAACGAAUGAACCAAAAGUCAGUAGCACUGUCUAUUGAUCUCUUUGCACUUGGAAUUUGUGCAUAUACAUACAUACAUAUAUUUCUUCAAAUAAACGAGAUCUCAAUUAGUUCUUAUUUUGAAUGGAAACUUAUUCAUUUCGCUGGGGUAACGGCAAUAGAAUCCUCCGCUCUCAUUUCACACUCGUCCAAUCAGUCCUGGUUCAGACCAUAGAUGACUAGAUGCGAAACUCUUUUUGUGUUCUGAGUCACCGAAUUUAGUGUUGGGUGCUUUGGUUUCGAAGUAAGCCUGUAUCACCCACAUGUAUAUAUAUAUACAAUAAAAAUAAACAAAAUUAGUAUAAAAUACAUAAAUAAGCAAUAAAAAAAAAAUCAAAAAUUAAGAUUUAAAUGAAAUCAUCCAUAAUGGAAACAUAAAAAUAAUAAAGACAAAAACAUAAUUAUAAAGAAUUACAUAAAAUUUGAAUAUAAAAUAAAAAUUGGACAACAAAAACAAAUUUGUGAAACAACAAUAACAAUAAGUAAAAGCAAAAUGAAAGUAAAACUAACGAUUAACAAUUAACGAAGAUAACCUUUAAUUUUUUAUAGUUUAAAAAAUAGUCAACAAAAGUAGGUUUGCAAAAUAUCCCAAACUUAGUUGAUCACAACUCAAAUUCAAAUGAAAAACGAACUAUUUUGGGGGAAUUACUUUUGGUGCCUUACUUCUGGCAGCCCGCCAAUUCGUUUAUCAGCUGUUUAUCAGCCCAUGAGUGGUAACGCUGCUAAGCCUUAAAACGAGGUUCUGGGUUCGCUCUCCCACAAAAUGUGAGAGUUUCGCAUCUUAUUAUCUAUGAUCUAUGGUUCAGACGGUAACAAAGUAACAAGCGCGGAGACUAAGUUGAUUUUUUUCGUAAAUCACCAACAAAAUUUCAGAUCUUUGGUAAACACCACCGUCCCUCCGUCACAACCCACAUGUCGUAACCAAAUCAGCUGAUUCAUUGAGAGCUGGUUAACAACUGCAUUCUGUACGUCGUGCUUAUAGCGAGGAUUAUAGAGGAUGUGAAUAUACUUACAUAUAAAUACAUAUGCACGGUCAAAGCUUAUAAACUGAAGAAAAACUUUUUACUUUGUUGGUCGAUCGGAAUGAAUUUUUACGGGGGUCUCAGUCUAAUUGAGAUUGAAGUUGAUGAUUUGGAAUUAAAAUUAAUUUUACUGAUGUUUUUUAAACUAAAUGGAGAAAUUCUAUAGUAAAAAAAUUAUGGUUAAUUUUCUAUGUUACAAUAUAUUAUCAUACCAAUAUUACGAAUAAAUAUUAUUAUACA